AAAAGAAAACGUCGUCGUCGCGAAGAAAGUCGCAGCGAAGGAGAUUAUCGCCAUCAGAAGAAAAUCCUUUUCGCAUUUCGGUGGAUCUUCUGUGGACUUUCCUGUUUUUAUUUGCUAAAUUUCGUUCUAAUUUCGCGCGGCCCCAAUGAAUUAAACACAGAAACUGUGCGGCUUGGGUUAAUUACUAGGGAAAGGAAACGCAGAAAUGGAGCUAACCAGGGUUGGGACCGUGCUGGCGCUGGCCGUCGUCCUGCUGGAAUGCUGCACGACCGUGCGCGGAUUCUACGUGCCCGGGGUGGCUCCGGUCGAGUUCCGCAAGGGGCAGAAGAUUGACGUGAAGGCGGUCAAGAUGACCAGCACGCACACGCAGCUGCCGUACGAGUACUACUCGCUGCAGUUUUGCCUGCCGAAGAACGGCACGCUGGUGUACAAGAGCGAGAAUUUGGGCGAGGUGCUGCGGGGGGAUCGGAUUGUGAACACGCCGUACGAGGUCCGGAUGGCGGAGAACGUGCGGUGUAAGCUGCUGUGCAACAGCAAGGACCGGCCGCUCAACUGGGACCGCGAGCAGUCGGAGAAGGUGGCGGAGCGGAUUCGGCACGAGUACUUUGUGCACUUAAUCGUUGACAAUCUGCCGGUUGCGACCAAGUUCAUCAAUCCGGACACGAACGAGCUCCAGUUUGAGCACGGCUAUCGCUUGGGGCAGAUCGACGGCGACAACGCAUACAUCAACAACCAUCUCAAGUUCCGACUGUUCUACCAUCUUCACAGCGAAAACCAGUACCGCGUGGUGGGUUUCGAGGUGGAAACCUUGUCGGUGGGCGCGAAAGAACUACGCUUCGAGGGCGACACGUGCAGCUUCCCCGAGAACCCCCGGCCGCAGCCGGUGACGCCGCAGGCUGGCCACACGCAGCUGUUCUUCACGUACUCGGUCGAGUGGCAGGACUCGUCCGUCAAGUGGGCCUCCCGGUGGGACAUCUACCUCGGCAUGAACGACGUCCAGAUCCACUGGUUCAGCAUCAUCAACUCGCUGGUGGUGGUGUUUUUCCUGUCGGGAAUUCUCACGAUGAUCAUGGUGCGCACGCUGCGCCGGGACAUUGCCAAGUACAACACCGACGACAGCGUAAACAUCGAGGACACGCUGGAGGAAACGGGCUGGAAGUUGGUGCACGGGGACGUGUUCCGUCCGCCGCGCCAUCCGCGGCUGUUUGCCGCGGUCAUCGGCAGCGGCAUUCAGAUCUUCUUUAUGGCGCUCAUCACGAUUAUUAUCGCCAUGCUGGGCAUGCUCUCGCCCUCGUCCCGAGGCGCGCUGAUGACGGCCGGCAUCAUGUUGUACGUGUUCAUGGGACUGAUCGCCGGAUACUUCUCCGCCCGUCUGUACAAGACGAUGAAGGGACGAAACUGGGAGCGGGCGGCGUUCCUCACGGCCACGCUCUUCCCCGGAACGGUGUUUGGGACGUGCUUCAUCCUGAACUUUUUCAUCUGGGACAAAGACUCGAGCGGAGCCGUUCCUUUCGGAACGAUGGUCGCCCUGCUGCUGUUGUGGUUCGGAAUCUCGCUGCCGCUGGUGUACCUCGGCUACUACUUCGGGUUCCGCAAGCAAGCCUACCAGCACCCGGUGCGGACGAACAUGAUCCCGCGGCAGAUUCCCCACCAGCACUGGUACAUGAACCUGGGGCUGUGCGUCCUGAUGGCUGGAAUUCUGCCCUUCGGCGCGGUCUUCAUCGAGCUGUUCUUCAUCUUCUCCGCCAUCUGGCAGAACCAGUUUUACUACCUGUUUGGAUUUCUGUUCCUCGUGUUCUGCAUCCUGGUCGUUAGCUGUGGCCAGAUUUCGAUCGUGAUGACUUACUUCCAGCUGUGCGCCGAGGACUACCGCUGGUGGUGGCGAAGCUUCAUCGUGUCCGGCGGCUCUGCCGUCUACAUCCUGUUCUACAGCAUAUUCUACUUCUUUACGAAGCUCGAAAUUACGGAAUUUAUCCCCACGCUGCUGUAUUUAGGAUACACGGGAUUGAUGGUGAUCACGUUUUACGUCCUGACGGGAACAAUCGGCUUCUUUGCCGCGUACAGUUUCAUUCGCAAGAUUUACGGUGCCGUUAAGAUUGACUAAUUUAUUGACCCACAAACCACACACCGACACACUCACACUCGUUUAAAACACGCUAAGUAAUACGCUAAAAAAAACUACCGAAUGAUAAUCGAACUCUGAAUGCGCGAUGAGAGAGUGAAUGCGGAUCCGGAUGGGUGCGGCCUGUAACCAAGGGAUGAAUGGCGAGAACGCGAGAACCAGCGCUUUGAUCUUACACUUACUUACGCUGACUGUGUGGCGCAACGGCAAAAAAGAAAACAAAACAAAAACUCAAAUCUCUCAUUGGACCGUUUUUAAUCGUUUUUUGCUAAUUGUGCGCGAGCAAAAGCAGGCUGGUAUAAAUUAUGUGUUGUUUUAGGCUAAAAGAAACUCUUAUUAUUCAACAAACAAAAAUGAGGCGAGAGUGCAACUGGGACUAAGUUUUAAAGCAAGUGUUUGUAUGUAAGCCAAACGAAAUGACAGACAAAAACGGGGAAGAAGAACUAUCAUGCAACCUCCUAUCAGUAGUGAAAGAUGACUAAGGAACAAAACAAAAAAAAACUUGCAACUAUAAUGAACAAUGAGAAUAAAGCUAGGAGGAGAAGCAUUAGGAAUUUUCCUUGAAUCGUCGUUUAGAUAUUUAGUUAGUCGAGGAUAAGUGCGUCUCAAUUCGCAAUGCAGCAUAAGCCCAAGAAAAAAAAAACGCAUGGAAAUAAACUCAAGUACUGAGCUGAGACUA